AGUUACUGAGGGUGUAAUUUACGUAAUGACAUAUUUCAGUGUACUUACCUGUAAAUUGCAGUAAGAAGCUUUUAAAAUGCUAAUCCUGUACUUAUUUCAGCUUGUUGGUAGUUUGAGCGUUGCCGAGUCAGCCAUUUACAACGAUUCGGCAUGUUCAGAUUCGUAUAUGAUUGGCUGGUCCGUCAGUACCACACGUACAUCUAGUGAGAACGGGUCAGUAGUGGUCUUUGAUGCAAUUCCCAGCAUUUGUUUUGGAAAGAUUGUGAGUUGGGAGUUUUCUCCUGCCACCAUCCAUGGAAUGAUCCAACUGCUUGUACUCCGGAGAGCACCAACUAAUGGCACAUUUUUCGUCACUGGAAAACAUAAAAUUAACACUUUCAAAGGCAACGGAUUGAAGCAUCGAGUAAGCUUGGAUUAUACGGAAAGUCUUACAAUCCGCUACGGAGAUUUUAUAGGCUUUUCUUCUGUUAAUAACGACGUGCUGUUUGAAAACAGCGAUGGAGACUCCAAGACAUUAUGUUACACAAACCCCUCUUUUGGUAUUGAUAAGGGAUCGAUCGUGACCUGUUCAGAGACAUUUUUACGAUCUUACUCUAUGGCUGUCCAGAUUCUAACAGUGUCUUCAUUUGGAUGUCAUGAGGACAAUAUUUUUGGACGGGAAAUGAACGUCAAUCCGGGAACGUUCGAUUACGCGACUGAUGAUUUCAUAGAGUGUCGUGAUAUCUGCGCGAGAAAUUCAAAUUCCUAUACUGCAAUUCGUUCUGGUAUUAACGCUUGCUUAUGUGGUAAUCAACUGACUACUAACCAGACAGAUAUGGAUUUCUGUACCGGAAUAUAUUCCACUAUGUCACAUGAUCAGAGUAACCAGAAGUUACAUAACAUCAUCUUCAGUAAUAACAACAUCCUCUCCAACUUUAAUAUCAGUUGCUAUACUGCAAUUCGUUCUGGUAUUAACGCUUGCUUAUGUGGUAAUCAACUGACUACUAACCAGAUAGAUAUGGAUUUCUGUACCGGAAUAUAUUCCACUAUGUCACAUGAUGAGAGUAACCAGAAGUUACAUAACAUCAUCUUCAGUAAUAACAACAUCCUCUCCAACUUUAAUAUCAGUUGGUAUCCUGAGUUAGACACAUACGGUGUAAGUAUAAAAAUGCUUCAAGGCGAUGCACCAUACACUAUAACAGCGAGCGUUGAGCCUUCUCACCAAGUUUCAAGUUAUAGAUUCAACUUCGGAGAUGAACGAACCAUUUUAGGAGAUGUUGGAAUCCAGGAGCAUGUAUUUCUAACACCUGGUAUCCGAUCAACGACAUUUGAAGUGAGUGACAAACUUAACAAAUCUUUAGUAAGCAAACACAUCAUUACAGUCGUGUAUGACGUAUUAGACACAACAAUUGAUUGUGUAGCUACGGUCGGUCGCUACGAUUGUAUGCUAUCGUACAUGGUAGGAAGUGAAAAUGACGUUACCGUUACAUUUUCUGAUGGAAAUGUAACAUAUUUCCAAACAAACACUGAUAUUGUUUCAUAUGGCAGUAAUUACUUGGUCCCGAAAACAAACAGCCAAAGCCACACGGGGAAGGCGUACUACAUCAAAUUGAACGAUCCGAUAAAGGUUGACGGUCGACUAAUGGGGUUUGAGAUAUACAACAAAGUCAAGGGAAGAAUUGUAUUGAAGCUUUAUAGACCUAUUGAUUCAUACGGCUACAGAUUUUGUUUCUCUUCGUAUUCGUACAUCCCUGUUGAAGAUUCAUGUGAAAAACAGCGAAGUGUAUGGAAAAAGAUUUGCUCUGGAUCGUAUAGCUUUCGAAAACGUCAAUGCAUUAAUUCUACAACCAGUGAUGUCUUCUUCACAUCGCCACCAAAAAUUAACCUUAAGUUGGUAAAACAAUUCCCAUUUGACAAUGUUUUGGAAGGACCACAGUAUUUAAAAGUCAUAGAGGAAAUAAGUGUUCAAAAAGGCGAUCUCAUUUGUUAUAAAUAUAUAACAGGUAACGGAGUAAUAGAAGAAGAAAUGACAUCAAAAUUCACGGAAUACAUGACGAAUGACGCAAACUUAAAAUUUAUCGAUGCAAGCAACCUUGUACCAAGCAAUAAACCCAAUCACGUAUUUAGGGCUAUUGUCAACAGGCGAUCACGGGCUCUUAUAUCACACGUAUGCGAUGUGGAUAUAAAUGAUUAUGACUCCCUGUGCUCGUUUAAUGUAUUGAUUGGAGGGAUGAAUAAAAAUGUCUCUAUUAUCCGAGUCAUCGACCCUCCGAUUCAUGACGUACAUAUAUCCAGUAUUAAAAACGGCUCUGACGUGACAACAACUGUAACGAUUGGACAGACUGAGUCAGUUAACUUAACACUUCCGCCAAGUUCAAUUGUACAUAAUGAAUCACUUACGGUUGAUGGGUUGGUGUUGACAAAUGUUAUUGGAUUAAAUGAAGGUCGCUGCCGGAGUAAAUUGGGUCUAGAAUUUCAAAGCAAGUUUUCAGACACACAAUUCGAAACUUCUACAACAGAGCGAAAUUCGUUUCCUUAUUUUGGUCGACUGAACAAUGUAGAUGGCGGCUGGAUUCCAGCAAAUACUGAGAAUCAGUGGAUACAGGUAUAG